GUUUUGUUAAUUUCUUCUUUAGUAAUUUAUUAAAGAAAAAAAUAUAUAUUAGGGAAAAUAAAUAUUAAUCGAUUUAUUUUGUUAUUAAUUUUAUUUGUUAGUUUUUUAAUAUUUUUGAUUGUUUCAACAAAUUUAAUUAGAAUUUUAUUACGAUGAGGUGGUUUAGGUUUAGUUUCUAAUUUAUUAGUAAUUUAUUUUCAAAAUGUUUAAUUUUAUAAUGUAGAAAUAAUCACUGUUUUGUCAAAUCGAGUUGGAGAUGUUGCUUUAUUCUUAGCUAUUGCUUAAAUAUUAAAGUAUGGAUCAUGAAUUCAUAUUCUUUUAUUAAAAUUUAAUAAUUUAGUUAUAAAUAUACUAAUUAUUGUAAGAGUUCAGAUUCCUUUUUCAGCCUGAUUGCCUGCUGCAAUACUUACUCAUACCCCUGUUAUAGCUUUAGUUCAUUCGUCUACUCUUGUAACGGCUGGGGUUUAUUUAUUAAUUCGAUUUAAUUUAUUGAUUGGUGAUACAAUUUUAGGUCAGUGUUUAUUAUUAAUUUCGGGAUGGACAAUAUUUAUAUCUGGGUUAGGGGCUAAUUUUGCAUGUGAUUCAAAAAAAAUUAUUGCAUUGCCUACAUUAAGACAAUUAGGUUUAAUAAUAAGAAUUUUAUCAAUAGGAUUAGUUUUAUUUACUUAUUUAUUAAUUCAUGCUUCAUUUAAAGCAUUGUUGCUUAUAUGUGCUGGAGCUAUUAUUUAUAAUGUAAAUAUUUAUUCAUAAAUAAUAAAUAUUCAUAAUAUUCGUUUAAUGGGAGGUAUAAGAAGUUAUACACCUUUUACAUGUAAAUGUUUUAAUGUUGGAAAUUUGCUUUCAGGAUUUUAUUCUAAGGAUAUAAUUUUAGAAAUUUUACCUUUAAGUUAUGUUAAUAUAUUUUUUCUUUUACAGUGCUAA